GAGAAGGGGGUCCGACAAGGCCUGGAGGGUUCUGGGCUGGGGGGCUUUGGGGGCUCUUGGGGGUCUGGGAAGGACAGCCAGCCGGCUGAGGCAGAGUACCUGAGCUCCAGGUGUGUCCUGUUCACCUAUUUCCACGGCGACAUCGGGGAUGUGGUGGAUGAGCAUUUCUCCAGGGCUCUGAGCCAACCCAGCACCUUCACUGGAGAGACCAAGACCUCCAGGUGCCCCCCCAUACACACCUCUGCCUCGGCUGGACUGUGGAAAGAGGGCCAGUGUAGUUCUCUGUCCUCUUCUCUGUGGGGUGGUGGUUACCAGUCCCAGACCAGCCCCUGUCUGUCCAUUCACCCAGACUUCUCCCCCAGCCCUGCAGCCUUCCAUGCCCCAGACAUAGCUCUCUGGACAGGCCACGCUCUGCCCCAGCCCAGCCAACCUCCUCCAACCUCUCUCCCUGACCCCUGGGCCUACAGCCUCAGCCCCCAGACCUCCGCCAGCUACACACACAUCCACGACGUCUACCCACACACACACCCUCACACACACAUGCACCCCCGGCACACACACCCAGUAUUACAUUCCCUCCCGUCCCAUGGCCCAGGCCUAGAACCCAGGUUCAGCACUCUGCUCCUGCCUGGUGUGAAGACUCAGAGCCCCCUAGCCCACAGCCCUGUGGGACACAGCACACACAGUACUACACACAGUACCACACACAUCAGCCAGAGCCCAGGGAUACACAGCGAUGUGAAGACAGAGGUGGAGCAGGCCAGCCCCAGCCCCCCCACCCUGACCCCCUCAGCCUGGCCCGCAGCUCUACACACACCCCUGGAUAUCUACGACUCAGGUCUGGAUCAGGACAAAGUGAAGGCUGUUUGGUUCUGAGAGAGAGGAUAUGAUAUCACAGUGACAUCACCCUGUCACUGAGCUGUGAUCAGCUCUAAUAGAACCUCCUGGAACCACAUUUUUUGUGGACUCAUUCUCUAGAAGACUCUCCGCUCACUAGAAGAACUCAGAACUCCAGGGUGGUUUUAGGUUUCUCAGAAAGCCCUCUGGAGAAGUAUAGACUACUCUUCAUGCCUCACAAUCCACCAGGGAUACUUCAGAUCACUCUUUGGCAAAAUAGUUGUUCCUAAUUUGUACCAAAAGUAUUAGCUGGCUGUUUGGGAACUAGUAUACCACAUGAUGGUUCUGUUUAAAGAAUGUAGUUUGUGGGAACACCGCUCAGCCAAGCCUCUUUCUGAUCUUUUAAUAUAGUGCUAUGUGUGUAACUAGCUGAAUGUGUGUAAUUGACUGAAAUAUAUUUUGUAUAUAGUACUGUGAUCUGAAGUGAUUGUCAUUUACAUAAAGUGUUUGAUUGUUCCUAAUUGUUUUUCACCAACCCUGUGUUGUCAUGUUCCCUGGUGUUCUGUAUGUGUGGAGAAAUGUAAUUAUUGAUGUGUAAUAAAUUGCUAAGUUCUAUUGGCAAA